CCGAAGAUCCCAAGGAAUCAAAGCUAAGCAUGUUAUACAAAUUUGUUUACUUCUUGCUGCUUUCUAUUAUUGGUUAAUAUACCAUGUCAAACAUUCCUAUGGAGAGGAUUCCCAUCCGAAGCAUUCCCAUGGCAAGACAAAAAUAUAUAAUAUAGGCACUGUAGAUCUAAAAACAUACCUUGGCAAGAAGAAAGAAGAUGAGACACCAGAAGAAGUCGAAUUAAUCCUAAGAAAAGUUGGUAAGAUACUAGCAAAAGUUAGACCGGAACAUUUUCAGAAAGUGCAUAAGACAAUUUCCAAGAAUGUGUACAAUGCUGAACAUAGACAAGACCAACAAAAAGUUGAAAGAUAUAUGUCUGAAGCUCAGUCGGUACACAAGGCAGAUUGGAAGGAAGAUAAAGGGACCGAAGGUGGUGAUGAGGACAAUGAUGAAUACGAACAAGAGGAAUCGGCUGAAGAAAAAGUUGAAAGAUAUGAAUCUGAAGCUCAAUUGGGAUACAAGACGAAUCAGAAGGAAGAUAAAGGGACAGCAGGUGGUGAUGAGGACAAUGAUGAACAUGAGCAAGAGGAAUCAGCCGAAGAAAAAGUUGAAAGUUAUGAAUCUGAAGCUCAACUGGGAUACAGGGCUAAUCACAAGGAAGCUAAAGGAAUAGCAGGUGGUGAUGAGGACAGUGAUGAACACGAUCAAGAGGAAUCAGCUGAAGAAAAAGUUGAAAGAUAUGAAUCCGAAGCUCAAUUGAGAUACAAGGCGGAUCAGAAGGAAGCUAAAGAGACAGCAGGUGGUGAUGAGGACAAUGAUGAACACGAGCAAGAGGAGUCGGCUGAGGAAAAAGUUGAAAGAUAUGAAUCUGAAGCUCAAUUGAGAUACAAGGAGGAUCAGAAGGAAGCUAAAGGGACGGAAGGUGGUGAUGAGGACAGUGAUGAACACGAGCAAGAGGAAUCGGCUGAAGAAAAAGUUGAAAGAUAUGAAUCUGAAGCUCAAUUAAGAAACAAGGUGAAUUGGAAGGACGGUGGAGGACAGAAGGUGGUGACGAAGAAAACGAUGAAGCCGUAUAAGACCAAUGCACAUAAGAAGUUGAUCGAAAAAAGGGACUCAGUAGGUGAGGAAGAACGGGAAGAUGGUGGCGAGAACAAUGUAAUUCAAGAAACAGAUUCUGAACAUGCCAAUGGUCAAAUAGAUAAGGAACUCUCUUCAGUGGAUAUAAACAACUUUGGGUAUAGUUCAUCUUCAAAUAAAACAGCAACAGAAGGAUUAUUUGACCAUCAUUUAUCCAGCAACAGUACAAUUGAGGAUACAUUGAAGACCAUGAUCUCCCCUUACAGAAUAUGACAGACAAGUCUCUGUAGGUAUAAAUUCGUACAAAAUUGCAAAUGAUUGAUUUGAGUGAGGACAAUGAUUCUGAUUCAACAGGCUUUAAAACAAGAAAUGGAGCCUAGAUAAAUCUGAUCCCUUCCUGAAUUGCAGAGUGAGGGAAUGAACUAAUCAUGAACAUCUUGCAGCUGAAGGAAGAUUUCAAGAAACUAUAUUUUGCACUAGUUCUAUUGAUUUCGAUUUAUUAAUGAAGUGCCUGUGAAAUACUACUAUCUCCUGCUGCUGCAUUAAAGUUCAUUUCAGGUUUCAUUCAGGAAUAUCUGAAGCAUGGAUGAAGGAAGAUGCAUCUUUUUUUCUUUUUUUUUUGUUCAUAUUGUUUUCUGGGAUUUAUGAGAACGUUGAUGGGUAAAUUUUUGGAGUCGAGACAAGGUUAAAAAGUCAAAGUUGACUUUGAGGAUGGAUUCUUGUUAUGGGGCAAUGAUGCUGAUGCAAAAAUAUCAAAGAGAUGAGGGGAGGGGAUCGUUGAAUGUGUAGAGUUGAAGUGUUAGGAAAUCAGACAACCAGACUUUGAAAAUAGAUAGAGAGGUAGGUGGACGAAUAUGCACAAGCAGCUUUCUUGACGGCUGUCUAUAGUCAAUAUAAAUCGUGAUUAGUUAGGAGUUUAGUGAGUUUGUUCAAAAGUGGGUACAAUUUUUUACUAAUAAUAAUA